UGUGCGUUCUGUCAUGCUCUUCCAAAGUUUAGUAAUCUGCCCCAGAACCCUCAAGCUCUGAUGAUCCAGCAACCUGACCAGCAGUUUCAGCAGCCAUUUCAACAGACUAAUCAGCAGUUUCCUCAGAAGUUUCAGAAGCAAGUGUUGAAGGCAGAGCCUUUGGACAAAUGUGCUGUAGCGGAUUAUGAGCAGAUCCAAUGUGGACAACCUGGUGUCAGUGGUGCUGAAUGUGAAGCUAUCAACUGCUGCUUUAACGGACAGCAGUGUUACUAUGGGAAGGCAGUGACUGUCCAGUGUAUAAGAGCUGGUCAGUUUGUGGUAGUGGUGGCUAGAGAUGUUACGCUGCCUCGACUGAGUCUGGAUUCAGUCCAUCUACUGGGUGGAAAUGACCCACCUUGCAGUCCUGUGGGGUCCACACCUUCCUUUGCUGUAUACCAGUUCCCUGUGACCGCAUGUGGUACAAAAAUGAUGGAGGACAAUGGUUAUGUGGUGUAUGAGAACAGAAUGACCUCCUCGUAUGAAGUGGGGAUGGGUCCGUUUGGUUCCAUCACAAGGGACAGCCAUUUUGAGCUUCUCUUCCAGUGUAGGUACUCUGGCACUUCUGUGGAAGCUCUGGUUGUGGAGGUAAACUCUGUUCCUCCACCUCCACCAGUAGCUGCCCCUGGACCCCUCAGGGUGGAGCUAAGACUAGCCAAUGGCCAGUGUGUCACCAAAGGGUGUGCAGAAGGGGAUGAGGCCUUCACGUCCUACUACAGUGAUGCUGAUUAUCCCAUCACAAAAGUCCUGCGUGAGCCUGUGUAUGUUGAAGUGCGCAUUAUGGAGAGGACCGACCCCAACAUUGUCCUGACGCUGGGACGCUGCUGGGCAACUUCAAUCCCCAGUCCACUCGGUCUACCUCAGUGGGACCUUCUGGAUGAUGGAUGCCCUUACCAGGAUGACCGUUACCUGACCACAAUCUUCAUCCACUGUAGUACUGCGGUGUGCCAUCCAUCUUCUGGCUCCUGUGAGCAAAGCUGCGGCAGGAAGAGAAGGGACACUAAUGUCAAGACCAUCUCUAGUGAGCAGACUGUGGUUUCUAGUGGAGGAGUUACUCUGAUCAUACUGGCUCCUCUGCAGGAAACUAUCUUCAUCCACUGUAGUACUGCGGUGUGCCAUCCAUCUUCUGGCUCCUGUGAGCAAAGCUGCGGCAGGAAGAGAAGGGACACUAAUGUCAAGACCAUCUCUAGUGAGCAGACUGUGGUUUCUAGUGGAGGAGUUACUCUGAUCAUGUAAAUCUAGUGGUUUUAAUAAGCUUUUUUACUUGGCAAGGUCUGUUAUUGUAUUGACCUUGCAGAGUCUCAUGUUACAUUAUGUACGCAGUUUGUUUCUUGGUGUACACUAUUAAACUAACUUUCCAGUA